AUGCAGAAGAAAUGGCAUCCCACAUGCUUCACGUGUGCUCACUGUCAUAAACCGUUCGGAAACACUGCGUUCUAUUUGGAAAAUGGCUUGGCUUAUUGCGAAAACGACUGGAACGCGUUGUUCACAACGAAGUGCGUGUCAUGUAAGUAUCCGAUCGAGGCUGGUGACAGGUGGGUGGAAGCACUUGGCAACGCCUUCCACUCGAACUGCUUCAACUGCACGCGCUGCCAUUCAAAUUUGGAAGGCGAGAGUUUCUUCGCGAAGAAUGGCCAGCCCUACUGCAAAAUGCAUGCAUAA